ACCCUAGAGCUGGCCAACACUCUUAAAUCGUGUCCAUGCCUCAAGUUGACACCUAGCUCUCACUUGCCACCUCAACUUUCACCAUUAACCAAACCAACUCGCCACCAUGAACUCACCAAGAAAUCUCUCAAAAUCACCUAGAACAUCCUCCUCAUUUUCUCAGCCAAAGGUGUUUGAUCCGUUGCAAAUCUUCUCUGGGGUCGAACACCCUGCGCUGAGCUCGUCGUCGCCCUCGGUGUCCAGAGCGCCGCCGCUCGUCGUGUCGCUGUUCUCGGCGAUCCGGUGCGUCUCCGACCAAGCCAUCGCGCCACCGUUGUCGCCAAGAUGCAAGGAAGCAGCACGCGGGAGGAAUCAAGCUGAAGAGCUCCCAAUCACGAGAUCGCCGUCGUCUUCCUCAAGUCCGGCUGCUGGCUCUCCCCUUCGAUUCCUCGUCCUCGGAACGACGGUCGGGUGGAGCUAUCGCCGUCGCCAUACCGAUUUUUGCCGCCGCCGGAACAUUCUUCACGCCGUCAUCGCCAUUCAAGCAUCACCGGCGCAUGUGCGACCCUCAGUAAGCCUCCAGGAGCGGAGGAGCCCCGUAGCCACACAUGCAUGCACCCAUUCGCAUCGCAUGAAAACGAGCCGGAGCUUGACAUGCCUUAGCAUGCCGAGAACCACCUCCGCUUGCGCCACCGUUUCCGCUGACUCCGACCACCGCAGCCCGCGAGACCACCACCAUCAGCUUCGCCAUCUUCCACUCUACAUUUUUCUGUUUAGUCCGCGUCGGCUAUCUCGCCGUCGUUCGCCGUCACCGCCGCCGCAAAGGUCGCCGGCCGCCUCCGCUCUGUCUCUGCUGCUGCUGUUCCUCUCCUGAGCCAAUGACAGUUGGACCCCACUUCAUUAAGCACCAAGGACCGCGAUUAGAAAUAGUUUAAAUCAUGUAGGGUUCUAUCUGUAAAAGUACUUAGGAUGACAUGUGGACCAAGGAUAUACAUGUAAAUACUCUUAAUGAAAUUUCAUUUAAACAUGUGCUAGGGACCUCAGGACCUAUCCCUAGAAACCCUUGGUACUUUUCUGCAUAUUUGCUCUCACUGCCAUGUGGACCCCAU